GAAAAAAAUGAACGAGUGGGAGGAAGGAGUGAUAGUGAUCACAGCGAAAAAAAAAUCCCUCUCGUGUGUGUGUGAGUGUGUGUGCAGUAGACCUAUUGGCAUACUAGCAGGGGAGAGAGAGAGAGAGAGGGAGGGGGGUAGAGCAAGAGAGUAAGCGACAGAGAGAGAGAGAGAACGUGCGUACGAGGGCUCAUGUAAAACCAGAUUAAAAACACAAGAUGGCUUCCUGAAUGGGCUGCUGGAACACAGACGAGAGAGAGAGAGAGACCGAGAAAGAAGAGUGGAGAGAUAGAGAGAAAGAGAGAGAGAGAGAGAGAGAGAGAAGAAAGGGAUAGAGGGAUAGAGGUGAAGACGAGAGGGAGCCGGAGUCUUCUGAUGGGGAUUCGGCCAGCGGACGGAGGAGUACAAACCAAGGCAGCUCAGAGGCUUGGAGGGUGGAAUAUUUUGAAGACGACAGUCAAGGCUGUUUGGGAAACCCUAAACUGGCAGCUGAGACUGUUCGCGAAGUCACUUCAGUGGAUGGCCCCAGAAGUGGAGGCCAGAUGGAAAUUGGGUCACAUGACUGCCUCCAGGAAGGCGCGCUGAGCCUGGAACGGGCCAAUGGGGUGAAUCGCUACCGAAAUGAUGAUGAGGCAUCUAUGGAAACAGAGCAGCAGAGGGCAGGAAGCGUGCCUCCUAGGCAGUGCUGGGUGGUAGGGCAUGGCAAGGUCAGUGACACCCAACAACAGCAGCCAUGUUGGAACAGCAGCAGUGGUGCAACCCCUGGUGAACCUGUCCACCAUGCAAACGUGGAGGAUGCCCACAAUCUAGUGGCUUUUUCUGCUGUUGCUGGCUCCUUGCCUCCUUCUUCCUCCUCUUCCUGCCUUCUCGUGCAGUCUAACACAGCCCAGCUAUAUGAGAGGUUCACCCAGGAGAUGGGUGCUGAGGGGGCUCAGGCCAGACUCUCUGCAGGGGCUCCUGGUGGAAGCCGCCAACCUCCAGAUGACCUGAACACCCUACAGACAGCACUGAGCCAAGCCAAACAUGGACACAAGCCCCCUAACUGCAACUGUGAUGGGCCUGACUGUCCAGACUACCUUGAGUGGCUGGAGAAGAAGAUUAAGUUGGCAACCAGUGAGGACCAAGGUGCCCGCAAGAUGGCUGAUGCUCCAACACACUUGCAGCCUCAUCUACAGCAACCCCUUCAGCAGCAUCACCCCCCUUACCCCCAGGUGAAUGGUGGCCACCGUCUGUCUACUUCGUACUCCCAGCAACAACAGGGAGGUCAAGGCCCUCACUCAGACCAAGUGCCCUGCUCCAAACCCCCAAUUCCUUGCUCUCCCCAGGUGCUCUCCAUAGCCAAGGAAAAGAACAUAAGUCUUCAGACAGCCAUUGCCAUAGAAGCCCUGACCCAGUUAUCUGGUACCAGUCCACAAGCUGCUGGCACUCCAGGUCAAACCCCCUACAACAGUAACCUCCAUCACAACCAACAUACCCAGAACCUCCCAUCCCAGCCCUCCAAUGGCUCUAGCUUGAUUCCACCCUCUCCUGGCACCCACUCAUCUUCCUCACGCUCUCAGUCCGUCCCUCCAGGACUACACACCAGCCAACAGGCCCCAGUGUCCUGUGAGCAUCACAGGCCCCAAUCCCAGGGCCAGCCGCCCCAUGCUACCCCUCUCCCUUCCUCUUCCUCUACCUCUCCCUUCCCAAGUCAGGGAAAACUUUCAAGCUUCAGCCCCAGUCCCCAGCAAUGGCAGCAAAGCUCAGGCAGAGGCUCUGAACAGAGGAACCCGUGGAUGUGUAUGAAGUCUGAGCCCCAGCCUCACAGUAGCUCAGACCCCAUGUCAGAGCUCAGACAGCUGCUCGGUGACACCAGUGGCAAGUUCAGCAAUUCUCUUUUCAAGCUUCCAGUCCCACAGCAGCUCAGCUUGAACCAGAACGGAGGUAUACAGGCCCAGGAUAACCCAGCACUGUCCAGGUUAAAACAAGAGCCAGACUCUGGUGAGCACUACCAUCACACUGCCUCCAUGGGACAUUAUGGCAUGGCUGAUGGUCAGCAGCAGGGUCAGCACUACCCAGGCACUCCUCUGUCACCUGGCCAAGCAGCCAUCAGCCACUCCACUCAGGCAGCUCUGCAACAGCACCUUCACCACAAGAGGAACCUCUUCUCUAACCACUCCCCUGGCUUUGGAGCACCAGGCCCACGUGCACCUCUGGCUUGCCAAAACUUGAAAAAAUGGUGGCCACAGAGAGAGGCAGAAGGUUUGCCACAUCUGGCCAUCAAACAGGAACCUAAGGAAACCAAGAAGAAAAAAAGCAGCCAGGGAUCCCCUGUCAUAAAAGCUAUGACUGGGAUGCUUACAGGCCCUCCCUUGCCCAAACCCAAACAGAUAAUCAUCAAGAAGACAAAGCAGAAAGCCUCCAUGCCAACCUUCCUGCCUCAGAGUCAGAUCACCAUACAAAAACCACCAGUCCUCAUGAUCGACAGAGCCCUGACUAGCCUGCAAGCAGGUUGUCUCCCCUCUCUUCCCCUCCACAGCAACUCCACUCAGGCUGCUGCUGCAGGCCUCCCUGCCCCAGCCCAAUCUCAGGUAUCUAUUUCCAACUCCUCAAUGACUCCCUCUUCCACUGUUUCUGCUUUGUCAGAAAACACUCCAGCCUUCAUGGGCCCUCUGCCCCCACCUGUGGCCCCUGUAGACCAUGCUAAGUCAGAAGGAGCGGGCAGCCUGGCCUCCAGUAACACCAGCACCACCAUACCUCUGACCUCCACAUCUUCAUCGAGCACCUCACAAUUACCGAGUCUCAUCAACAUAGACCCGAAAUACGAAGAACUGAUCCGCCAGUUUGAGGCUGAAUUCGGCGACGCAGCCCCAGAUGCAUCUGCCAGUCAGUCCACAGAGGCAACUGCUAGGGCCCCUCAGCUGGGGAAUCAGUCCCAGACCAGUCCUCAGGACCUCAGUCCCACAUCAUCAUCCACCUCCCAGUCGGCUCCCUUAAUUCUCACCACUCAAGCCAGCUCCACACCUCAUCCAAACUAUCAGGAGAUGGAAAUUAAGGAUGAGUCAGGGACCCAAAGUGAAGCAACCUUGAAACAGGCAUCCACAGAAAACCCUAUGGAUGAGCAGCAUGAGGGCGCCCCCCAUGUCUCUCUGCAUCAGGAGGCCGCUCUGGACAAGCAGCAGCAGCCCAGUCUGUUGGAGGAUAAGUUCAGCAUGCCCUGUUCCCCGCUGCCUAAGCGCAUGAAGAUUGAAGCCUCAGGCGAUAUAGCAGUACUGUCCACCACGUGCUAUUCUGAGGAGGACACACCGACCAAGGACAGCCUGCCUUCUUCUCCAUCUCUCAAAGGCUUCCUAGAGUCGCCUCUGCGCUAUCUGGACACCCCCACCAAGAACUUGCUGGAUACUCCUUCCAAGGAUCUACAGUCAGAGUUCCCCACCUGCACCUGUGUGGAACAAAUCCUGGAGAAGGAUGAAGGGCCCUACUACAAUCACCUGGGAUCUGGACCUACUGUAGCCUCCAUACGAAGUCUGAUGGAGUCAAGGUAUGGAGAGAAAGGGGAUGCCAUUAGGAUUGAGAAGGUGGUGUACACAGGCAAAGAGGGAAAGAGCUCCCGAGGAUGUCCUAUUGCGAAGUGGGUGAUCCGUCGUGGCAGCGAGACAGAGAAGCUGCUGUGUCUGGUGCGUCAGCGUGCAGGCCACCACUGUGCCAACGCUGUUAUCAUCAUCCUCAUUAUGGCCUGGGAAGGUAUCCCGAGGGUGCUGGCUGACAGGCUGUACCAUGAGCUCAGUGACACCCUCACCAAACAUGGCAACCCCACCAGCCGACGCUGUGGCCUCAAUGAUGAUCGUACCUGUGCAUGUCAAGGCAAGGAUCCCGAAAGUUGUGGUGCUUCCUUCUCCUUUGGCUGCUCCUGGAGUAUGUACUUUAAUGGCUGUAAGUACGCCCGAAGCAAAAUGCCACGCAAGUUCAGGCUACAAGGAGAUCACCCUGAAGAGGAGGAGAAACUCAGGGAUAACUUUCAGCAUCUGGCAACUGAGGUGGCUCCUUUGUACAAACGACUGGCCCCACAGGCAUACAGUAACCAGUGCCAGUCAGAGUUCAAAGCUCAAGACUGCAGGCUCGGCUUAAAGGAUGGCCGGCCAUUCUCUGGAGUCACUGCUUGCAUGGACUUCUGCGCCCACGCUCAUAAGGACCAGCACAACCUCCACAAUGGUUGCACAGUGGUGUGCACUUUAACGAAGGAGGACAACCGCAAGGUGGGGGAAAUCCCUGAGGACGAGCAGCUUCAUGUUUUGCCUCUAUACAAGAUCUCCCUGGCUGAUGAGUUUGGCAGUGAGGAGGCCCAGCGCCUCAAGAUGAAGACAGGAGCCAUCCAGGUUCUUCAGACUUUCCGCCGUGAAGUACGCACGCUGCCCGAACCUGCCAAGUCCUGCCGACAGCGCCGACUAGAGGCCAAGAAGGCCGCCUCGGAGAAGAAGAAAAAUAAACUCAUACAGCAGGCAGGUGAGACACCAGAGAAAACAGUGGUCAAGGCUGAGGUCUGCAUCACGGGUUCCCCUCAUUCCCAAGGCAAUAAAGCAAUUAUAAAACAAGAGAUGAAGCCCAACAUCAAGAAAGAGCCCUUCAAUGGAUCACUAGAUGGAUACCCUGUGCAGGCAGCAGACCCAUACAACAACAUUUAUCCACACCCUGCCUACUAUGCAAGGGGAGGCCUCCCCCCAACUGGCCAGCCCUCUGCACCAGACCCAGUAAACGGUUACCAUCCCAAUCUGUCCGCAGUGCCCUAUGGCUACUACAGCUACCCCCCCAGUGCACUUUUUCCUCCUAAGCUGAGGACCUAUGAGGGUCGAAAUGGCUCUUUGCCCAAAGUAGGCAGUAAAGCUGUCCAGGAAGACAAGAAGCCUGAUAUUCAAGGCCUUCAGGCCAGAUUGGCCCAGUCCUACCCCAACCACCCAGAGCAAACCAACCAACCAAACCAUAGUGCUUAUGCCCAGCCUGCAGACUACAACCAGUCCCGUCCCUCCUCUGUUUCCUCUGAGCCCUCCAGCAGAGGCACUCCAAUAAUCAAACAGGAGCCUAUGGAUGUGCCAGUCUAUGAAGGCACAGUGCCGAGCCAUGCUGGGGCCAACACACCUUGCACCAUUUCCCAGCCUGCUGCCUGGCCAGGGCACAAGCUUAAUGGAAGCAUCGUUCCCACAAACUGGGACCGCCAUCUAAACCAUAAACAAAAUCCUGAAGCCUCGUCGUUGAACCCAGAGAAGCAGCAGUUUCACCAGCACCCCCAGCAGCGACAGUCCUCUCCUUACCCACAGCAGUGGACAUCCUACCCUGGCUCUAAUGCGUUGAUGGCCUCUCCUGCUCCAUCUCCAUCACUCCAGGUAUCUCCCUCUCCAUCUCCUUCCCCUCACCCAGGCACAGUACUCACAGGUAACAUAUACCAAGGCUCCACACGCCCUGCCACCCCACGCCCAAGCACCCCUCACCCAGGUACACCACAGCCUGGCACUUCUCACUCAGGCUCAGUUACACCACAGCCAGGUACCCCAGGCCCAGGCACUCCCAGGCACUGGGCCAGCCCUGCUCCUAUUCCUCAGCCGAAUGCCUGGGCCAUGGGGCCUGCUGCAUAUAGCCCUGGUUUGAAGCACAGCAAUCCUGCAGGAGCCUACCCUGACAAAAUGUGGUCCCAGACUGGGGAAAGUCGAUGUUCUACUCCCCUUGGGCUUCAAGAGAAGGCCUGGAAGUCUUGUGGAGGUUCAGUGGCAGGCAGUACUCCGUCUCCUGCCCCUGAGGGCCGCCUCUUCCCAGAUGCCCUGCAGCAGUCAGAUCAGGUCUGCUGGGACCCCAGGCGAGCUGACAGCGAUGUAGAGAGCACCAGGGGUCGGGAUGAUGAAGACGAUGAGGUGUGGUCUGACAGCGAGCACAACUUCCUGGAUCCUAAUAUUGGUGGUGUAGCGGUAGCACCAGCCCAUGGCUCCAUCCUGAUUGAAUGUGCCCGUCGGGAACUACAUGCUACUACUCCAAUCAAAAAGCCUGAUCGCUCUCACCCCACCCGAAUAUCCCUGGUCUUCUACCAGCACAAGAACCUCAACCAGCCCAUGCACGGCCUGGCUCUAUGGGAGGCCAAAAUGAAGCUGCUGGCAGAGCGAGCGCUGCAGAGGCAGCAGGAAGCGGCUCUCCUUGGUCUCUCCCAGGAAGACAUUAAGGCCCUCGGCAAGAAACGCAAGUGGGGUGCUACGGUGGCAGGUGCCAGUCCAGGACCUGGACAAUCUAAAGACAAGAGGGAGGGGCCAGUGACGCGGUUAGCCCCCACGUUCCACACCACCUCUAUGGUUACUGUGUCUCCCUAUGCCUUCACCCGCCUCACUGGGCCCUACAGCCACUUUGUCUGAGGUCAGACAGACACAAACAGACUGAUAGCUACAGAGUGGUGCAGUGAAGGGCUGGAGAGAGCGAUGAGCUGGAUGAAUGUCUCAGCCGUCUCGCAGUCUGGCAUCUCUCCAUCCUGCCCCCUCCGCAGUCCACUUGGAGGAGGGGAUAUUUUUAUUGUUUUUUACCUCAUGUCAGGCAGUGGUUUGGGCUUCAGACACACUGCCUGUGGUGCUCUUCCUCUCUCUUCCCUGGAGAGGAACUCCAUUGCUUUUUCUUGUUUAUAGGAUUUUAAUGAUUCUAAUUAUUGCUAUUAUUAUCAAUAUUAUUAUGAUUGCUAUUGUUACUGUCAAUGUUGUUAUUACAGGUAUUAUAAUGAAGACUGGUUUGUUUUUUAUUAUUGCUGUUUUCAUUAAUGUUAUUAAUGAUGUGAUUGUUUUUGGUUAUAUAUUUUUUUAAAUCAAUCAGUCUGAGUCAGUCAGACUCAAACAAUUUCUUUUUCCAUGUUUGGAAAACAUGUACCGUAUUUUCCAUUUGAUUUUCUUUGUUCUUGUCAGUUUUCCAGCUGUGCUUAGAGGAGGAGCCGUUAUCUGCCGGGCAAGACUGCAAGAUAAUAUACAGUUAUCACAUGACUCUAUAUAAAAGAGCCUAUCCAGCAGGCUUGCCAUAGAUAUCUGUCUUUACACUGACAAUUUACAGAUACGUAUCUUUAAUUUUACAUAAGCCAGUUUAAGGAAGGUCUCCAUUAAGGAAAUUUCCACUUAUUAUCAAUUUCCUAAAUUUGGCCAUGAUGAGGGCUGUGCUCAGUUUUCUCUGCUUAAAGACUGGCUUUUAGUCAGUUUACCAGCACCACUGCUGCCUAAUACACACAGUCUACAGUCACAGUCUACGUAUAAAAAACACUCUUACAAAUUGAAAACAACAGGAUCCCAUUCUCCUUUUUUGAUAUUCCAUGUACGCAGCAGAAGAGCAGUGGUUGGUUUCACUGUUUAUGGGAGAGCAGAGACCCCAGAAGACUAAAACUGAGCUCUAAAGUUAUAAACAAAUGCAAUCAUUCUGAUGCAAAAGGCAGGAAGAUAAUGCCGUUUAAAAAUAACCAUUAGCCAUAGCCAUUACCAAUUGAAUCCCACUUGGAGAAACAUUGUUGCUUCUCUUGUCGUUAGAUGACGUGCUCCUCCUUCUCUACACCCCUCCAGCUUUCAACUGGUGCUCAACUUCCAGCUCUGAUCAAUUUUCAUUCCACUACUCUUCAUGGCACUUGAUGCUGUACUUAGGUGCUUUAGCUCAUAUCUGGCUCAAGUAGUAUUUGCAACUAAAUAUUUUUGUUUUGACCAAGGUGGAGUACCAGAAUGAUGAGAAUUAUUGCUACAAGACAUGAGUGCAGGAAAUUUAUCAUGCAAGCAAAAGUAUAAUGAAUUAUCUUACAAAUACUUUGUUUUCCGAAGUGGGAAACUGUACAUGUCUGGUAUUCCACAAAGGCUAAAAUAAGCGAUACUAUUUUCAAAUGCCAUUUGACCCAGAUCAGCAAUUACCACAUAGAGAUGUAACAGGUGGCACUCUUUAUCUUCCUAUCACAUUCAAGUAGGGGCGAGCACUUCCCAGUGUAAACUCUAGAGGGCAGCAGUGACUGCCAUUUCAAAGUGGUGUGUACAAACAAACCUACAAGCACUUGAGAUCCAUUCAGAAGCCAGUAGAGCCUUGCCUUGAUGCUUUAACCAUCUAUGUCCAGUAGAGGGGGAUCUCACACCCUGUUUGCUGACCAUGCAUGGGCCUCACCAAAGCAGUUCAAGGUAAAGCUGAUCUUUGUCCCACUUGUGGUGCAAAUGUGAAAGAAGUCUGGAGAUGCCUUUGGGAAGUCCAUCUUGGGUUAGAGCAGAAGGAAACAGUGUUGGAACAGCAGUGCUUUCGGUGCUCCUUGACACACUCUGGUGCUCUCCUAUUAAACUUGAUUUACUGUGAAGGGCCCACUCCUUCCUCUGCAUGGUGCUGUCAUCUUCGAGCAGAGCGAGGUGUGUCCUUCUGCAGGCACCUUGUCACCACAGAGCCAGCCAAUCAACGUGGCCGCCCUAUGGUUGCAGCUCUGUCAUUGGGCUCAAGAACUGGUUCCUUUUGAGGUGUUUUUGCAGUUUAUUGUGGCAAAGUGGUUUUGUCUCAAACAAAGUACACUGUACAGGGCAGAGAAAGCACAGUCAUUCAAUGCAUUCUUGGUAACCCGUUCACAAAGGAAACAAUAGUACUAAGAGUUACAGGGAGAUGUUAGAAAAUUACUGUAGCUUCUGGGAGUUGGCACCAAAUGUAAAUGCAUUGAGUCAAUGAAUCUCUCACUUUGUGUGUGUGUGUGUGUGUGUGUGUAAUUUUGUUACCUCUUUGGGACCUUUUCUGGUAUGAACACCGACCUUAUCGGGACCAGUAGUCCUCCUGGACACUAAACUCCAGUCCUGAUGAGGCAAAAGGUAAUUUCUGAGGUCCCUGUUAAGUUUAGGGGUAAGUUGUGAACUGAGCUUAGGUUAGGGUUAGGCACGAAUUGGUUAAGUUUGUGGUUAGGGCUAGGCAAUGAAUGGAAGUCAAUGCAAUGCCCUUACAAGGAUAGCUGCACAAACUUGUGCGUGUGUGCGUCUGUUUGUGUGUCUGAAAAUGACACGAAUGCAUAUGUAUGCAUGAAAGAGAAGAGCCAAAGAGAGAGACUAUUUGAUAGCCUGGACAGAGUCCCAUGAAUCACUCAUUUUUAUUUUCACCCCAUGAACCAUGUGACCGUUUGAUCGCUUCAAUUCAAACGGCUUACAUGCAGCAUGUGAUGAAAAUGAAAAUGAGAGACUAACAGAACUUGAUACAGGCUGACUCCUGGCUGCUGGGUGGUUGUUUGGGUCAAGGCCCUGGUCAUCUGUGAAAGACCCUGUUACCUCUCCCGAGGGUCUCCAGCUCUCUACCUCAUGCUGUAGAGACACUGGUCACAAUCACAACUUGCUACUGAGGGCAGAGAAUCAUGCGUGUGUCCCUUUGUGUGCUCUAGAUCUCCACACUCAUUUUAACCUGCUUUUUUUUUUUUUUUUUACUCUUUAUUUAUUACUACAUGGUGAUGAUGAUAAUGAUUGUCUUUGAUGUUUUUUUUCCUCUUUUUUUAUAUAGCUAAUACAAAUUGUACAUACAGAAGAAAAGAUUUAUAAAAGCACUUUUAAUCUUGAUUUUAAUGACAAAAAGAAAGAGCCGAUUAUUGACAACUUGAAGCUUAGGUUUUCGUUUUUUUUUGUUUGUUUUGUUUUUUUGUUUUUAAUUUUCUCAAGAGAGAGAUUAAAAAAAUGUAAAUAUUAAAAUAUUUAGGUAAGAUUAUUUAACUGGUGAGGAUAGUAACUAAACCAUGAAUGACAAGGGGGUAUUUUUAAGUCUCUGACAGCCCUUAACAACAGUAAACAACACUUGGACCCAAUGUGUUGUGUGUAAAUGUGUGCUUAGUAACACUGCUGUUUUGCUUUCUUAAGUACUGUACCCCACGUCAGCAUGUAACUGACAGAGACCUGUCACUUUCUAAAAACAAAUUCACUGGCCCAGUUAUCAAACAUGAAACCACACUUGACAUAAUCACAGAUGACAGUCAAAAUAACUUGAGGAUCCCCCAUAUUGCAGUUGUCUGACCAAAACCUCUCCAAAAAGUAUGAAUUAUAAAGUUUUAGAGAAGCUUGUCUGCUCGACAACAAUGAAUUUCUUUUUCCAUUUUUGCAGCAGGUGUCAACAAACCAAGAGAAACUCUCAUUACACAUUCAUAAAAAUGUCAAAGUUGAAGUUUCAAGUUCAAGCCUGAAAAAAAUCUCAAGACUGCAUUUAUCUGGUACUUAACAACAGUGGUCUACUGUCAGUAAGCUAAGGACAAAUCUAAAUAUGUCACCCUGAACCUAAUAUGUGCUGUAAGUUGUUUAAAGGAAUAGUUUGACAUUUUGGGAAAUACACUUGCUUGAUAACUUGCCAAACCUUCGAUGAGAAGAAUGAUACCACUCUCGUGUCUGUGCUCUAAAUAUGAAGAUAGAGUCAGCAGCUAAGCUUAGCUUAGCUUAAAGUCUAGAAACAGAGGGGGACAGCAAGCCUGGCUCUGUCCAAAGGUAACACCUGCCAGCACCUCAGGAGCCUGCUAGUUAAUGUGUUACAUACUUAAGGAACAUAUUGCUCGUGGCCAAGAAAUAGUUCAGCACAUGUCAACCGUGAAACCCCAACAUGUUUUUACACUUUGGUUUUUGUAUGGAUCAAACAAAAGAGUGAAAUAUAAGAGUGAGAUAUAACGUGUUUGUUAGUGAGCUUUAGAGGUGCUCAUAGGCUGAGUGUGUUACGUACAGAAAGAGGGAAGCUAGCUGUUUCCUCUUUUUCAAUUUUCAUGCUAAGCUAAGCUUCAUAUUUAGCAAACACACUUGAAACGCGUCAGUCUUCUUGUGUAAUUCUCGGCAAGAACGCAAAUAAGCAAAUUUCCCAAAACGCUGAACUACCCCUACAAUAUCAGUAGAGUUAAUAGCUUAACCACCAGAUCCACAUAUUGUGGAUGUUUAGGAGCGCACUGGUAGUUGCAGAGCCAGUCUGAGGUGAAUCAGUGGGCGAUGUUUUAGCAAGUAACAAAACAGCUGCAAUCUUUGUCAGUUGUGUUAGACUAUCAGGUAAGAGACUGCCUCCCUGCUUGUUUAGAUAUAUCUGUCAUAAUUAUCUAAUCUAGUUCUCAUAUUAGUAAGGAUGCACUUGGCAUAAAACUCAUGACGCCCCUGUGGAGGACACCAGGUGUUUAGUUUGUAAUGAUAAUUAUAUGACACACAUCAUGGCUAACAGUAGUUUGGUUGGUGCAGGGGCUGGGACUGGGCCCGUUUUACUUUUUAACCAUGAUGCAUGGCCCACAUUACACACACAUACACACUUGCAUAAGAAAGGGUGCUGAAGAUACGGUGUACAUGAUAUCUUAAUAACUUAAUAACUGUAAAUUUCUAAAUGUCUCACGAGUUUGGUGGAUGGUUCUCAUGUGAGGCGCCGCCUCCCAAGCACGUUCUGAGGUGGGGGGUGGGUCAGCUGGUGCUAUGAUGAUGCUACACCUUAAAUUCACUGUGUAAAAAGAAAAAAAAAACGUGAGGGAUAAAUGAUUACCACAAAUAUUUUUCUGAGCUCUUCGAAUGUCAAGAGAACUAUACUUUUGAUUAAAGCAGUUUCACAGGAUUUGGAAGCUGCCCUGGUGCUGACUUUACGAAAAGUCUUUUGUUACAACGCUACAAAUUUACAUCUCUUUUGAGGGCAGGCGGGCACUCAAACAGUCGAUCACAUUCUCUAGUAAUAUUCAUUCCAUAUUGUACUUGAAGUCAUUUAAACUAGGAUGAGAAAUAGAAUCAUAUUAUAUGAAGACUGUUAUCUGGGGUUCACGUUUGGUACAGCGCAAGUACCAAAGGCUAUUGAAAUUAUCUUUUGAGUGUUGUACAUGUUCAUGUGAAAUGAAUGCUAAGAUAUUUGAACAAUACAAGAAUAGCAAUUGUGUACUGCCUCCCUCUUCCUCUCCUUAGUCAUGCACUUCCUUUACUCAACCCCUCUCUUUCUCUUAACACCUUGUAUAUUUUGUCUUUUUCACUCACUCACACACACACACACACACACACACACACACAAACAUACAAACAUAGAUAUACAUAUGCAUCUCACUGUGUAUGCCCCCCUUUUAGAAGUCUAUGAACACCUAAUUUAAUGAACACUCCAAAAUUUAGAUAGAGACUUGGACCCUGGCCCAUACAAAAAAAAAGAAAAAAAAGAAAAAAAAAGAAGAAAAAAAAACAAACCUACACAACUGGCAGCUACAUUCCUUUUUGAGUUUUGGGAUUGUUAUUGGUUCUUUAUUUUUCAUGUCAAGGAUGCAGUAUGUAAAAAAAAAAGUGUUUUUGUUCAGUCUCUCUCUCUCUCUUUGUAGCUGUAUGGUGUAUUAUGUGAAUACAUAGUGUAUGUGGUUAAAAGCCCACAAUAUUGUUUUAUGUUGCGCGAUAAA